AUGAACAAUGGUCAAUUAUCUCAAAUGCAAGAUCUUCUCCUUCGAAUUGCUCAAUUGAACGAUGAACGACUCAACUGUCCAUACCAGGGCAAAGACGUGUUUCGACCUGAUCAACCAGCACUUACUUCUCUCGCUGAUUCAUUCGCGAAAGUAUAUACUACUUCUACCUUCCAAACUGACAUUCUUCAGAACCUAAUCACCUAUCUGAUCCCCAUGGCUGAAACCAUCAAUCGACUGACAACUCAAAAUGAAGACCUCCAAAAAAGAAUCGCUAAUUUAGAGACAGCCAAAGGAGCAGACUCAAUUUCAAUUUCAACUUCAAGUUCAAUUCCUAACAAUACUACUUUUGUUCCCGUUGAAACAGCUAUCAAAUCAAUUUAUAUUGAUGAUUCUCUUAGUUCUGACUUAACUUCAGUUGAUUCCGAAGAUAAUUACCCUCUUACACCCAAAUCCAUCAAGUUUAGGUCAUCCAGAAGCCCCAUCAGGUCAGUGAAAGGAAAAGCUAAAAGAGAGAAAUGUGGAUCUCGACCUAUUACCAAAAAGAAUCAUGAGAAGAGAGCGCGAUCAGUCAAGACGACUUCAGAAUCUUCUGCUGAUGUUAGUAGUGAUGAUCAAGUCGCCUGA